AUGCAGAGGUCCACCUCACCCACGACGCUGCAUCGUCUGAGCCAACGCGGAUCAGCCGAAGGUGCAACACGCAGCACACCUCCAGGUCAUCGCAGGUCGGGCUCCGACGCUCAGGCUCGCGAUGGACGUUCAGUCUCACCCAUUCAAGCACGCGAUCGAAAUUCGAGACAUCGACCUCAACGAUCCACAGCAACGGCAGGCGAUCCUACGAGCUUGAGCUUCCCUGCCAAUCACAGCUCAAGCAGCGGUGGACGAGGGCGCGACAGCGGCCUGCCUGUUCAUCCGCUCGAUCGUGUUGCGACGGACUCUCACAGAACAGCAGCAGUGGCAGCACCGCGGUACGAGGUGGAAGACGACGCAGAUGCUUUGGCUCCUUUGCCGCCCGCCAAUCGUAGACGAUACGAUAGCGUGUCGAGCGUGGGCAGCAGCGUCGCUCCUGGUGCCUUGCCCAAUCUGAACGGAUCUGGUUUGACUAGCAAGAAUCGAUCGGGCAGCAAGAGGCGAGGUACAGCGUACGUCGGCGCAUCUGCGACGGGUGGGAACACAAGGGAUGCCAUAGCAGGUCACUCGGGUCCUCAACAUACAGCAGAUGAUCCAUUCGCUUUGCCCUCGCCCAUCUCGCCCGUUGCGCCUGCAUCGGGAGGCUUGGAAACUUGGCUACGAUCUCAAGCUGUGCAUGCCCCAUCGUCUUCCGGCGCUGGCGAACACUUCUCGGGCGCUCCUGCAGGUCGCAUCACCCGCAGAGGUCCCUCAUCCGAUGCGGGCUCGGAUGCAGCGUACAGUGUUGGCGCUUGGUCCUCUGGCGCUCGAGGUCAAGGCAGCGGAGCUCGUCGAAGAGCAAAGCAAAACGAGGGCACCAGGCGACUGCCCGAUUGGGAAGAGGCGGACCUGGACAUUCAGCGCGAGGGAGAGGCAGAAGGAGAGGGUGAAAAGACGCCGAAGCCUCCUCGAAGGAGGGAAGAUAGCUAUGAUGGCAGGAGCACCGGCGGUCGGUCUGUGGGUCGAGAAAAUCCGCGCAGGAAAGAAUCGGCAGUGGCUCUGGACACGUUGGCUGGCACGGGCAUCACGCCCAGCUCUAGCGCGAUUCUCAGAACCCCCUCAACCGCUGCCGACUUGACACCGGCCAAAUCAUCCACCUCGCGCACCAGUUUCGCUCCUCUCCCAAUGGGCAGCUCUGCGCCAAAUCGAAGAAGUACGGGUCUGCACAAAAUCGGUAGCAGCUCGAAGUCGGCAAAAGACAACGAUAGUCCGCUCCGGAGGUGGGUCAGGUGGAUGGCUAGGGAGAGCGAGGGCAUUUCUGCAGGCGCGGGAGAAAGGGUUACUUGGAUUGUCGUGCUCUUGUCAGCUGUGUGGAUUCGCUGGGCUGUGGGCCUCGCAGGUUGGAGCGGUGAGCUGUGGUCGGGUUCCCAAGUAUGUCGGUGCACGGACACCAACGAAGCUGACUCUUGCUCGACUCGCAGGCAAAGGAAUCAGUCCCAUGUACGGCGAUUUGGAAGCUCAGAGACACUGGAUGGAACUCACUUUGCACGUGCCUGUGCACAAGUGGUACGAGUACGACUUGCAGUACUGGGGCUUGGACUACCCUCCGCUGACUGCGUACGUCAGUCUCGUGUGCGGCUGGAUGUGAGUGUCGAGAGCGCACGCUCUCCUUGCGUUAUGCCGAGGCUGACACCGUACUGCCACUUUAUAGCGGAUCUCGCAUCCCUGGCCUUUCGCAGUCGUUUGCCUUUGUCACCUCGCGAGGCGCGGAAAAUCAAAGCCUGGUCACGUACCUGAGAGCCACCGUGCUCUUCUUUGACGCGCUGGUGUAUAUUCCAGCUGUGCUCUUCUUCCUGUCCAGGCGGCUGCACGGACGAGGCAGGCGCACGCGAUCCAUCGCGGCGAUGACUAUCCUGCUGCAGCCCAGUCUGGUUCUCAUCGAUCAUGGGCACUUCCAAUACAACAGCGUUAUGCUGGGCUUUUGCGUAGGCGCCUUUUCUCUGCUCUACUCCAGCCUUCCGAAUCCGGACCUGCCGUUCUUUUCCGCGCCCGUUGCACCGGCGUCUGACCCGAGCACCGAGACAGCCCUAGCGCAACAGACGGAGUGGCAAACGAGGACGCGCAAUCUAAGCCGCAGAGUCAGCUAUGAUUAUGUGCUCGCUGCCUUCUUCUUUACCUUGGCUCUGUGCUUCAAGCAGAUGGCACUCUACUUUGCACCUGCCGUCUUCGCCAUCAUGCUCGGGCGUUGCGCUGGACUUGCGCGCGUUGGCUUUGAGAGAGGGUGAGUGAUCGUCGGUGUCGCGCGAAUGGCCAAUUUCAGGAGAUUCAUUCAUUGCUCGCCACUCUAGCCUGAUCUGCUUUACCGGCAUCGGCGCCGUGACCCUGAUCACCACUCUGGUGCUAUUCUCACCAUGGCUCUACAGUCCCUCGGCGCUCUUCCAAGUCAUUCAUCGCAUUUUCCCACUAGCACGGGGCAUCUUUGAGGACAAGGUCAGCAACGUUUGGUGCUUCUUGAGCGUACUGCCUCUUCCCCAGCGCUACAAGCUCCGCAACCUCUUUGAAGUAUCCAGCUUGGCCAAGGUCAGCCUCAUCGCGACGCUACUGGCAAUCUUGGCUCCAUGCGCCCACUUGUACGUCGCCGCCAGCCAGACUGUGACCAUCGAAAUGUUUCUCAACGAAGGGAAAGGAGCGAAAGCUGCGAGGGAAAAAUUGGCUAGGCAGAGAGGAGAGGGGUCGGUGAUGGGACGCAGCGCAGGUGGAAGGAGCGCGGGUCGUUCGGAACGCAGAGACAGGACAAGAUCCAUACUGAGCGUGCCGGGUGCUGCUGCUCGAUCUGAAGCGGGAGCCUCCGAAGGUGGUAUCGCUCCGAGCAUUUCUGGCGCCAUGAGCAAUACGGGCAGCCUGUUUGGAAGCUCGAAAUUGACGACUGUGGGCGAUCAAGAAGUGGCGAGCAACACGCCUUCGCCAGCAGCUAGCGUUUUGCCCUACGCCCUCCUCAACACUUCCCUGGCCUUCUUUCUGUUUGGCUUUCAGACACACGAGAAGAGCUUCCUUUUGCCUCUUGUGCCGCUUUCGCUGCUCAUCACCGUCAAGGGCGAUGAGUGGGGCGGCGGAGGUGGCAAGACGGACUUUGAGUGGGCCAUGCUCGGGAACAACGUGGCAGUGUUCAGCAUGUGGCCCCUCUUGCAAAGGGAUGGGUUGACGCUCCAAUACCUCGUCCUCAACUUUUUGUGGAAUUGGUCCACGGGCUAUAAUCCCUUUUCGGCCUUGCAAAGCCGACGCAAAUCACUUGUCGGGUGGACGAGCGCUAUGGCUCAUGCUGCUAUCCUCGCUUUGCACCUCGUCGAAGUGUUGCUACCCGCACUUGCGCCGAGCUUGGCUGCGCACGUCUAUGAUAGGUAUCCGGACAUUCAUCCGGUCCUCAACGUGCUCCUCUGCACACCCCUCUUUGGACUCAUUUGGGUCUGGGCCGUCGCGCGCCAGGUAGAAGUCGGAGUGGGAUGCGGGAUUGAUCCGACGGCGUUCUUGCGACGAAGUUCGAAGAAGAGCGCGACGAACCAGAUGGCUGCCAACAGGAGGCAAGAGCUCGCCAAGCAAGAGUAG